AUGUUUGAGGAUAAUUCUUUGUCAGUCUUUGAUUAUGGUUUUGGUCGUGCAGCAAGCAGUAUUGCGAGCACUACUGAAUCAGAUGCCAAAGUCUGUGAUCCAUCUGAUCAAGGAUCAUGGUCGAGGUGGUGGCACUUCUUACUGCUGCCAAUAGCGUUUACUCUGCCAAUGGUUAUCUACAUAUGCGUCUUCUAUAAUAGACAAUCGUGGAAAUGGAAAGCACCGUCGCCAGAAGAGUAUCACUCCUAUGAUACCUGCAACGUUCAAGAUGGUAGCGCCCUGGAGAGAUGGGUUGCGAUUGAUAUCACGUACGGCAAUUAUGGCUUCGCCACAGUCAAAGUCAUUGAUUUGGCAUGGGAUACCCUCAUUGCGCAGGCCGGUCGCGCCUUUCACGUGUAUAUCCUUUACCAGCAUGUUGCCAGGAGAGUCCUCACAUGCUUUAUGGAAUGUUCGAGCGUAACAUAUGAAAAUUACAUCUCGGUCAUCUUCUCCCGGUCUUGGCUCGGAACCCUCAAAUUUUUUCUAGGGAGAUUUUCUCGGCAGAACAAGAUACCCGUCUCAUUGUCAAUCUUCGGACUCGCUUACAUGAUUGUUUACACGUUUUUCUUUUCGACAGUCUGGAGCGCCGCAACAGGAUACAUUAGUCCUUCGGAAAGGGCAUAUCAAAUGCCCGACAGCACCUACCUCCCCCUGAAUUCGCCACAUCUCGCGCUCUGUUGGAUGAUCGAUAGUGGGCGAUUGGGUCUGGAACAAGGCCACGUGGAACUUGGGCCAGACUUUUCCAUGCUGGAACCUUGGCUAUACAAGUCAUCCCAGGAAGGUCGCUGGUCCGAGCUAGGGAUCCUGGAAAAGUCGGCAUCCGAAACUCCAAAAUACGGGCAAUAUCAACAGAGUCGCGUGAAGAGAAGUACUACUCAAGCCGGAUACGAGAAGAAAAAUCCGGAUGCGUACGAAGAUGAAAAGGCUUUCAGAGGCUGGUACCGCACGAUUUGGGACAACAUUGGCCCCUCGGGAAUGGGACUUGACAGUCCACAGUCCGAUAUAUCGAAAGAAAUAUUUAGCUAUGCAUUCACUACCAGGAUGUUUCAAGUGGUAUUCAAUGCAACUGGACUCAACAUUACCGGCUACGAUACACCAAUCAAUCUCAACACGACAGAUGCAACGGCGGUGAUUGAUCUGAUGGAAGAGAGCUACAGUGUCGUUGAUGUGACGCGAGAGAAUCAGCUUCCAGAAUCAUUGGAGUUCAACCAGUUUCAUUAUGUGGAUUGGGCAAACCACAGCCAAGACAAUCUUCAUGACAUCAAACUAUUCAACACCUGGCCCAUGUAUGCAACUCCUGAUUCAUACGUCAUCAAUGACACCAUACGACCGAGCGGAGUGAUACCCUACAACUCGACCUUUACAUUCAAUGGGACCGAAUAUUCUCUGGAAGCUCCAUUUCUGGACAUUGGACAUGGCUGUUCGCAUCCCUACAACUACUUUACCGCUCUUGGAAAUUGCGUGUGCUACAAUGGAGAGCCAAUCACAUACGCUUGGUACAGCGACGACAAUGUGGUUUGUCUGGAUUCGCCCCGUUAUGUAUGGGGCUUCUCCUCGUUCAUUGUCUUCAUCGCCGCCAUUCUGGAGCUGGUCUGGGUCAUCUUUGCCAUAAUGAUCCGGGGGUAUUGCCAAUGGUGGAGUGAGUUGAUGAAAUAUCCCCGAGUCAAACGCGCUGGGCUUGUUUGGGCAAUCUUGGAGAUUUCUGAAGCUAUGAAGAGAGACCUUGAUGAUGAAGGUGGCAUGACUCACGAGAGAAUCUUGAGGCAAAAUCUAUCGAACCAAGACAAUAUUGGAUAUGCUACGCACGUGGACGAGCAUGGGAUUGUGCAGGGCGUUCAAAUCGUGAGCCGAAGUCAACGUACCAACACUGUAAUAAAUCCACUUGAUAAGGACAGUAUGCUGGAGAAGGGCCAAGGGAAAUCAUAA